AUGUUGAUCGCACGCUCCGGGGAGGGCAACGUUGGUGACAGCGCUGAUGAGGAUGAGCAACUGGACUCGAUUUGCCAGCAGCUAGAUUUUGGGGGCGACGACGAAGUUGAGAUAGACGUGGGUGUAGAUCGCGGUGCUUUCGAGUUGGUGGAGGCUACCGUAGCGAAGUAUGUGUCGGUGGGGUUCUACGAUUCGCUACAGGAGGCGACCGUGGCACUACAGCAGCACAACGAGUUUGAAUACACCUACAAAACUCGGUACACCUCGAAAAAUGUCACUGGGACUGAGUUCAAACGUCGCUCGCAUGCUAUGUGCCCCAGCCGUCUCAAAAUUGUUGAGCGGAAACUUGGAGCUAACUUAGUUCGAUACGAGUUGUUGCAGAAGGGUGAGCACGGUGAUGCUUCUGUCUCGCGCACGCGGCAUGGUAUUGCAGCUGUUCACAAGUCUGAAAUUGACUCACUAUUGGAGUUAGGCAUGGGAGCAAGUCGAGUACGCAAUAUGUUGUUGCACAAAUAUCGACGCGAUCCUGACCUUUUGAAUUUGGUGCCUGAGGUUCGUAAGAUCGAGAAUAGAAAAGCGACUAUCAAGAAAAAUAUGGAGGAAGGCUGGGAUAUUGACGACUUCAACACAAUUGACAUCUGGGCACACUCGCGAUUGUGUCAAACCCGUGAAGUUUUCGACUCGGCCGACGAGUCAGACUUCGCAAAGAUGAACGAGUUGCUCGUGCUCGAGCGCUUCCAGCACAAUUUUGACGACAACGGAAAAACGAAAGCUUCGCUCGGCUUAAUCAUGACCUCGCGAGCGCUAUUUCGUAACGUGGCAAAAGCGACAACCUCUCAGAGAGGCAGUCUUGCGAUGUCGACGGACGGCACAUACCGAAUCCAUUGUGGCAACUGGACGUUGGUGGAUUGCGGUGGGAUCUCUGUCGAAUGGGAGACAACUCACCAUGUUCAGCGAUUUAGGCCCUGGCUGUACAUGUUUGUCCGGUCGGAGUGCACUUUUGCAUACGAGCAAAUGUUCGGUGCGCUCAUUAAAUACGGACGCAUUUUUCUUGACGUUGACGUGAAUUUAGCUUGCUGCAGUAUCGAUCACUGCGCUGGAGACCGUCUGGCCGGAAGUGAUCAUUUUCUCAAGUGGCUUCACGAAACGCGCUCCCUAAAUCAAUUUCGCAAUCUCUCGAAGUGCGUUGUGCGGUGGUGGAAGUUAAAAGGAGAGACCGCGUAUGCGGAGUGGCUAGAAGAUGUUUACCUCACAUCGCGAUGGGAGCGGUGGAGCGUAAACAGCAGUCCGAUACCAGGAGUCUUGCCAACACAGCAGGCCAUUGAGAGCCACCACAAAGUGAUAAAAGAGGUGAUCACAGCCUUUGAGAAGGCCCCGACGAUUCACGUAUUAAACUCUGCUCUGCCCAGACUCUUAAUUCUUGGUUCGGAUACGUUAUCAGACGGCCCUCAGGGUCAUUUCUGCGAAUGCCCUUUGCCGAAGGAUGCAGUCUCUAAGGCCAAGUUGUUACUGACGUUGCCAGAAAACCAUCGUGAAAUAACGGAGGCCGGCCAACGUGGCAUUCCCGUUCGAAUCGUAUUCAACAGUGGUAACGCCAUUGUGCGUUCGAAGAACUUAGCUGGGUCUACGGUCACUACCCCGCGCUCGAAAACCUUUGUUUCAUCGCUAGAAGGUAGUACAGGAAGACGGGCGUCCGUCUUUGACAUUUGGACGAAGUUUCUUUCAUUGCAACAGGUGUCGGUCAACGUCAAGCGCGCACGAGCGAUGCCAGAGUUUCAACUUCGCCCUACUUGGCCUUUAUCCGACAUUGAAAUGGUUCGAGAUACACGCCGAUGCACCUGCAAGAGUUACAUGUACUCUGUCUGGGUCUGCUCGCAUGUGAUUGCCUCCCUCAAACUGCUGAAAAAGCUAGAUUUGGAGCUUGCAACAGAAGUUAUCCAAGCACGGAGGCCUCCAGGCCGACCUCGAGCAUCGGUUGGAGCCCGUCAACAAGAGCCGGUAUCUACCAACUUUUGGGAUCCCGAUCGGCUUGAAGCCCUUCUUACCAAAGAGCCUUACACUCCUUUGCAAUGGGCUUUCAUUACACAAGUUGACGUUCAAAAGGAAGGCCAAGCUUCUACUUUUCGCGAAGAUCGUAUUGGUACAGUUGGCGGUGUUCGACUGUCGGAGGAAGACGGUGAAGCGUGGCCUUCGUUCACGGCGACGUGCAAUACUACCAAGUAG